AUGACGUUAAAAUUUGUAAUACGUGAUCCUAAAGCAAAAUUAUUGUUUUCGCCAAAUGAAUUUUUUAAUACAUUAAAUAGUAUGUUUAAAAAUUCUAAAAAUAGAAUUGUGAUAAGUUGUCUAUAUUUAGGAAUUGGAGAAUUAGAAAAAGAAUUAGUAGAAAGUAUUAAAAAAAAUGUAAAUAUAAAAAAUGUAAAGGUAGACAUUUUAUUAGACAAGCAAAGAGGCACGAGACCAGAGGGAAAAUUAAAAGAAAGUUCAGUAAGUGUGUUAUCUGAAUUAUUUGAUUAUUGUAAUAACAUAAAUAUAAAUUUAUUUCAUAAUCCAUUAUUAGGUGCAAUAUUAUAUAACAUUUUACCAUAUAGAAUUAAUGAAGCUAUAGGUGUAAUGCAUAUGAAAGUCUUUAUUGGUGAUGAUAUUUUACUUUUAUCAGGAGCAAAUUUAAGUGAUAGUUAUUUACGAAAUAGACAAGAUAGAUACUUUUUAAUUGAAAAUAAGUUAUUGGCAGAUUCUGUUCAUAAAAUCAUAAAUACUAUUCAGAAAAUGUCUUUUACCUUAAAUGUUGAUUUAACUAUAAAAUGGAAUAAUGAUUUGAUGAAUCCACUCAUAGAAGCUCAUUUGUUUCGUGAACAGUACUAUAGAAGAAUACAAUAUAUGUUAAAAGAAAUUCAAAAUGAUAUUUCAAACUAUAAUAAAAAAUAUUUAAAUGAUAAAUAUAAUAGUACUCUUAUUAAUAAUGACAACAUCACAAAUAUUAAAGAACGGAUCAUACAUCAUUAUAAUAAAGAAAUGAAUAAUGGUAAUAAAAAAAUUAAUGAUAAUCAGAUCUUUGAUAAUAAAAAAUGUGAAAUAAAAAAUAGAAGAAUUUAUAAUUUUUUAAAAAAAUUAAAACAAUGUAUAUUAUUUGAAGAAAAAAAUGAAGAAAAAAUAAAAGAUGACUAUAAGAAAAAAAAUGAUUUAUUCCAGUAUUCAAACGAAAAAUGUGACUUUUUUUAUCCAUUAUUUGAAAAAAACAAAAGUAUUCUAAUAGUUGAAUUAGCUAUGCAAUGUGGAUUUUCGAUACCACCUAUUUAUGACGAAAGUGAAAUGUUAGAAAAUUUAUUAAAAAAUAUCAAAAAUUAUAAUCAAAGUUUAGUUAUUUCUUCAGGAUAUUUAAAUUUUCCUUUAAAUUUUUUAAAGUUAUUUAGAAAUAUAUUUGAUAAUUUAAUUUCCAAAAAAGGAAAAAUACAAUUAAUCACUGCUUCUCCUCCAGCCAAUAGUUUUUAUAAGUCAAAAGGCUUAUCCUAUUAUGUCCCUAGCGCUUACUCUGCCAUUGCUCAUUUAUGCAUUGAAUUCAUUACCAAAAACGCAUCAAAUGUUUUUAAAAACUCGAAUGAAAAAAAUGAUUUACAAAAAAGAAAUAAUUCUUAUAGUAAUAUAUAUUUAGAAUAUUAUAAACCAUCAUGGACAUUUCACUCAAAGGGAAUUUGGAUAAUUAAUAAUGUGGAUAAAAAAAAUAAUAUAGUUGAGCGUUCAGGAGAAAACAAAAAAAAAAUUUGCAAUUACUUUAAAAAUAACAUGAACAAGUCAAAAAAUUAUGACCAGGAGAAAGAAAAUGAAGAUGAAGAAGAAGAAUGUAUAGAAAAUAGAGAAAAUGAAGAAUUGAAUAAUAUUAUUGAUCAUGAUUAUUUAAAUGAAUGUUCUGAUGAUUUACCUUGGGGAACAGUAAUAGGUAGUUCUAAUUACGGGUAUAGGGCAACCUAUAGAGAUUUAGAAAUGAGUUUUGUAAUUAAAACAAAUGAUCAUAAUUUAAAACGCCAAUUCCAAGAAGAAUUAAAUAUUAUUUAUGAAUCUUCCAACUUUGUUCAAAUGAAUGAAUUAAAAUUAAGAUAUCCCAAAUGGCUAAAAUUGUUAGUAAAGUAUGUUAUGAAAUGGUUUUUAUAA